AAUGAUCCGAUCAAUCGAAUAGAUGUCAUUCAGUUACCGGCUGACUACACGGGCGUAGUUACAGCUCUGGUUUCUUUAAUUAAUCCAAAUAAUCUACAGUCGCCAACGAUAACACUAUCAAUAUCUGUUGUAAUUACAUAACUAUUACUAGUAUCUCACGACAAACGCUAUAAUGUGGCUAUUUUGGUUCUUGCUAACAAUUGUCUUGAUAAAGCUGUUCAACAAAGUUACUUCCGGGAAAUGUUACGACGAGAAAGUGAUGAGUGGUGAAGUGGUUGUCGUGACAGGUGCAAGUGGAGGUAUAGGGUACGAGACCGCGCUAGAGAUAGCCCAAAGAGGCGCUAAAGUGAUUAUCGCGUGCCGUGAUGCGGCGAAAGGACAACGCGCCGUUAACGAAAUAACAAAGCGAACCAAAAACACUAAAGUACGUUAUAUGCAUUUGGAUCUAACCUCACUGGCGUCAGUAAGGAAUUUUGUGGAAGAGCUGAAGUCGAGUGAAGCCAAAUUGGACGUUCUGGUAAACAACGCCGGGGCGAUUUGCACAAAGCGCGAGUACACCGCGGACGGUCUUUUGAAGGAUAUGCAGAUAAAUUACUUCGGGCCGUUCCUUCUUACUGUACUUCUAGUGUCGUUGUUGAAGAAGUCUGCGCCAAGUCGUAUUUUGGUUGUAUCGUCCGCGUGGCAUAAGUUUGGCACCGCAGAAGACAUAAACGACAAGAGGUAUUGUUACAUCCAAAGUUAUGCGAACAGUAAAUUUUGCAACGUGGUUUUUAGCAAGGAGUUGGCGAGACGCUUGGCGCAUACCGGAGUGGUCGUGAACAGCCUGAAUCCAGGACAAGUGAACACAUCUUUGUACAAAAGCUCUAGUUUUUUGGAAAGAUUGCGUAGUUUACUUCUGUAUUUCUUUUUCAAGACGCCAAACGAAGGCGCUCAAACGUCUCUAUACGUUGCUGUCUCGGACUAUUGUGACCAAGUAACUGGAAAGUAUUUUGAAGACUGCGCCGAAGCUUCGCCAAGUGCUAGAACAGAGGAUAUUGUGCUCGCAAAGAAAUUGUGGCAAUUGACUGAGGGACUCGUAAAAUUAACCCCGGAGGAAACUUCGCUUUAAAGAUAAAUGUCUUUUGAUAGUAAAUAUUAAAAAUAUGA